GCGGGGGAAGCGACACGGUUCCUCCGUAGAAACAAAUCAACUUCUUUGUGCUGCUCUGAUAACUCUUCUCUGGUCAAGCUCUGUCUAAGUAAAUGGAUUUCUUCAAGCGCUGCCCUGCCUAACAUGGAUGCCCCGAAACCACCACCUCUACCUCCACCAUCAUUUUCCUCAGCUGAGUCCGAGUGCUGUUUCUUCUUGGCGCAGUGAGCUGGACACGCAGUGAUUCCCCCACCCCCCUCCUUGCCAAAUGGAUGUGGGAAAGCCGUUGCUCAGCCAGCAGGUGAAGAUCAUGCCGUGAUCUUACAGCUGCCUCUAUUCAGUCACAGGGGUUAAAGAGAAAAAAAUUCUGGGGAAUAUAUCGAUCCAGGGAUUUAAAUCCCGUGCAGCAAACAAGCACCAUGAAGAUCACCCUCCUGAUAUUAAAGGCAAGACUCAGGUGCACCAUCAAGCUUCUGCUGCUGCUAAUACACUGUGUGGGGUUUUCACGUGGGAUGCCUCACGUCCUGAGAUUUGGAGGAAUAUUUGAGUCCAUUGAAAGCGGUCCAUCAGGUGCUGAGGAACUAGCCUUUAAGUUUGCUUUAAACACAAUCAACAGGAACAGAACUCUACUUCCAAACACUACGCUCACCUACGAUAUCCAAAGGAUAAACAUCUACGACAGCUUUGAAGCCUCCAGGAAAGCCUGUGACCAGCUUUCUCUUGGGGUGGCAGCCAUUUUUGGUCCCUCUCACAGUUCCUCUGCUAAUGCUGUCCAGUCCAUUUGCAAUGCACUUGGGGUCCCACACAUCCAGACAAAAUGGAAGCACCAGAUAUCAGACAACAGAGAUGUCUUCUACGUCAGCCUUUAUCCAGACUUCUCCUCCCUCAGCCGGGCUAUCCUGGACUUGGUCCACUUCUUCAAGUGGAAGACAGUCACUGUGGUUUAUGAUGACAGCACUGGUCUGAUUCGGUUGCAAGAGCUUAUAAAGGCGCCUUCGCGGUACAACAUCCGGUUAAAAAUCCGGCAGCUGCCUGCAGAGACCAAGGAUGCAAAGCCACUGUUAAAGGAGAUGAAAAGGGGGAAGGAGUUUCACAUCAUCUUUGACUGUGGCCACGAAAUGGCUGCUGGGAUACUGAAGCAGGCUCUUGCCAUGGGGAUGAUGACAGAGUAUUAUCACUAUAUCUUCACCACGCUGGAUCUGUUCGCACUGGAUGUGGAACCUUACAGAUACAGUGGUGUGAACAUGACGGGCUUCAGGAUCCUCAACACUGAGAACAGCCAGGUGGCUUCUAUCAUUGAGAAGUGGUCCAUGGAGCGGCUGCAGGCUCCACCAAAACCUGACUCUGGCUUACUGGACGGCUUCAUGACCACGGACGCUGCCCUGAUGUAUGAUGCUGUGCACGUGGUGGCCGUGGCUGUGCAGCAGUCUCAGCAGAUCACUGUCAGCUCAUUACAGUGCAACCGACACAAGCCCUGGCGCUUUGGAAACCGCUUCAUGGCCCUCAUCAAAGAGGCUCACUGGGAUGGUCUGACAGGGCGAAUUACUUUCAACCGGACCAAUGGCCUGAGAACAGACUUUGACCUUGAUGUAAUCAGUCUGAAGGAGGAGGGGCUUGAGAAGAUUGGUACCUGGGACCCUCCAAGCGGCUUGAACAUGACAGACAACCAGAAAGGGAAGACAACCAAUGUCUCUGAUUCCUUGUCCAAUCGAUCUCUGAUUGUCUCCACAAUAUUGGAAGAACCAUAUGUGAUGUUCAAGAAGUCUGACAAGCCGCUGUAUGGAAAUGAUCGCUUUGAGGGCUACUGCAUAGAUCUACUCAGAGAACUGGCCAACAUCCUGGGCUUUACUUUCGAGGUUCACCUGGUGGAAGAUGGAAAAUAUGGUGCCCAGGAUGAGAAUUCAGGCCAGUGGAAUGGCAUGGUCAAGGAGCUAAUGGACCACAAAGCUGAUCUUGCAGUGGCUCCCCUCACCAUCACAUAUGUGCGCGAGAAGGUCAUCGACUUCUCCAAGCCCUUCAUGACGCUGGGUAUAAGUAUACUGUACCGCAAGCCCAACGGGACCAACCCUGGGGUCUUCUCCUUCCUCAACCCCCUCUCGCCUGAUAUCUGGAUGUAUAUUCUGCUGGCUUACUUGGGUGUCAGUUGUGUGCUGUUUGUCAUAGCCAGGUUUAGUCCCUACGAGUGGUAUAAUCCCCACCCUUGCAACCCUGACUCGGAUGUAGUGGAAAACAAUUUCACCCUGCUUAAUAGUUUCUGGUUCGGAGUUGGAGCUCUCAUGCAGCAAGGAUCUGAGCUCAUGCCGAAAGCCCUCUCUACCAGAAUUGUAGGAGGAAUCUGGUGGUUUUUCACGCUCAUCAUCAUCUCCUCCUACACGGCAAACCUGGCAGCCUUCUUAACUGUGGAGAGGAUGGAGUCGCCUAUUGACUCUGCUGAUGAUUUGGCCAAGCAGACAAAAAUAGAGUAUGGAGUGGUAGAGGACGGCGCAACCAUGACCUUCUUCAAGAAAACCAAGAUCUCUACAUAUGAUAAGAUGUGGGAGUUUAUGAGCAGUCGGAGGCACUCAGUGAUGGUGAAGAACGUUGAGGAAGGCAUUCACCGUGUGCUCACCUCAGAUUACGCGUUCCUCAUGGAAUCCACAACCAUUGAAUUCGUCACACAGCGCAACUGCAAUCUCACACAGAUUGGAGGCCUCAUUGACUCAAAAGCCUAUGGGGUUGGCACCCCAAUGGGCUCGCCGUACAGAGAUAAGAUCACUAUUGCCAUCCUGCAGCUUCAAGAGGAAGGGAAGCUACAUAUGAUGAAGGAGAAGUGGUGGAGAGGAAAUGGUUGUCCGGAGGAGGAGAGUAAGGAGGCCAGCGCCCUUGGGGUACAGAACAUUGGUGGGAUCUUCAUUGUCCUGGCAGCUGGACUUGUUCUCUCUGUGUUUGUGGCCGUGGGAGAGUUCCUCUACAAGUCCAAACAGAAUGCACAACUUGAAAAGAGGUCUUUCUGCAGUGCCAUGGUGGACGAACUGCGGGUUUCCCUCAAGUGCCAGCGCCGGCUCAAACACAAGCCCCAACCUCCCAUCAUGGUGAAAACAGAGGAGGUUAUCAACAUGCACACCUUCAACGACCGAAGACUGCCAGGGAAAGAGACCAUGGCCUAAAAUGGGAAUCUCAAUCACUUUCUUACCCUUUUUCUGGUAGUGAGGUGGUGUGCAGAGACACUGGGGAAAAGGUGGUGGGUAAAUGGUAAGGGGUUCUGGGGUGGGGGGGUAAAAUUUGGCAGUUGCAUUAC